CCAACUGCCACCCACCACCCACCAUGUCUCAAACUUCAAACCCAAGGGAUUUGGACCUCUCAACCGAUUCUCAACAUGUACCUUCACCUUCACCUUCCCCUUUUCAUUCCCACUUCUUGUUCUUGUAGCCGCUUCUGCUAACUUUAGAUCUCAAACCAACAUUGUCAGUUCUCUGAAUGGCAAGUUUGAGAUCUUGGGUUCCGAAAAGAAACUUUCUUGCUAGCUUUUGUGUUUUGAUUCUUGUCUUGGACCUGAACGUUCCUGCAUUAACCGAUGGCAGUGAUAACGUUGGGGGUGAUGAACUAUCGCAGCUUUGUGGGACACAUAUGAGCUUCCUUCCUUCGCCGUACGGAAAUUUAUCUAAUUUGGUCUGCAAACCCAUUUGGAAUACCUUUAUCUUGAGGUACUCCCAGAGUGAAGAUCAUGUUCUGAACAUUGUAUUAUCAGCUGUAUACACCACUGGGUGGGUGGGAAUGGGAUUUUCCAAAGAUGGAAUGAUGGUUGGUUCCAGUGCCAUGGUUGGAUGGAUCAAUACAAAGGGUCACGCAAGAAUCAAGCAAUACUAUUUGCAAGGUUCCAAGCAAGGGCAAGUCAUACCAGAUAAAGGUGAAUUGCCACUCACUGUUGUUCCUGCUUCUGUGGGGCUCAAUGGGGAAAUGAUUUACUUGGCAUUUCAGUUGAAAUUUCAAACUCAACUUGCUCGCCAGCCCAUUGUCUUGGCUUUUGGAAGCUCAUAUCCAAAGAACUCCCACCUAUCCGAGCAUGAGGAUAAAACAACCAUCAUGGUCGACUUCUCUGCAGGUUCAGUGUCUGUUGCAUCCACUGAUACUAGCCAAAUGAAGAAGAAUCAUGGGAUAUUGGGUAUAAUCGGAUGGGGUCUGAUCCUUCCUAUUGGGGCACUUGUCCCCAGAUACUUGAAGCAUAAGGACCCUCUAUGGUACUACCUUCAUUCUGUUUUUCAAUUUGUGGGGUUUUGCAUUGGCCUUGCCGGCGUGGUACUUGGACAACGACUUUAUAACAUAAUACAAGCCGAUUUUCCAACGCACAGAGGCAUCGGAAUCUUUGUUCUUGUACUCAGUAUUCUUCAGAUUCUGGCAUUCUUUCUACGGCCAAACAAGGAGGCCAAGAUUCGCAAGUCAUGGAAUGUGUACCACCAUUGGGUUGGGAGGAUUGCCCUCUUCUUUGGAGCUUUGAACAUUGUGUUGGGAAUCCAUAUUGGAGGUGCAGGGAGUGAUUGGAAAAUAGGCUACGGAUUUCUUCUGGGUGUAACUAUUGUUGCAGUCGUUGUUCUGGAAUCAAUGGCAUGGAUGAGAAGGUCAGAGAAGACAACUACCAUGGAUCCAUCCUUCCAAAUCAAUCCAGUUGAAUAAAUUACAUUCAACUACUUUUAUUAUU